AUAGGUAAACGCAGAACGAAUCUCACACAGCACAGCGCUCCUCGGAACCACGUCCGGGAUACCUGGAAAACCCACAUGACGUCACACAUCCGUGUCCAGGUUCAAUAAUAGCCGAACCGGACACAGCGCGAACACAGCUUAUAAUAUAAACACCCGGAAACCUGCGUCACUACAAGUCAGUCGCUCACAGUGAUACAACGUGACCGAGUCUUACUGUACAGAAGAAAGAAACUGCUUCGUGAAUAAUCUAGAUAUUGUCUUUCAUUUACCGAGAAUUGUUUCAAGUCAUACAUUGGUAUUCACCAGACAUGUCCGUUGUCACCGUGUACACAAACCAGCCGCUGGCGAAGGUCCCCCGGGAAUUCCAGGGAGCCCUGACAAGUCUGGUCCAGAAGGGUGUAGAGGCGAGCAGAGAGGUUGUCGUGGUGCGGUUGUGUUCGGACGAGAACAUGACGAUGGGCGGCAACUUCCACCCGUGUGUGUUCGCAACUCUGGAGACAUCAGCUAAGCUGUCCCCGGCCAGGUGUGGGGAGGUGCUAUCUCAGCUGGAGAACUUCCUCCACACCAUGCUCCAGAUACCCACAAACAGAAUCCUGAUCCGCCUCAUCCCUGUAGAGUCACACCUCUCCUCCUUCACCAGCCAACAACAGCAUCUCAACAUCGUCGGCUCCUGAACAUUUACAUGGGCCACGUACAUUCUGUAAAUAUGUAAAUAAAGUUAUUCUACAAAAUCA